CUCCUUGAUGACCCAGAAAUCAAGAUCAAAGUCAAGAUUCAAUCUUUAAUUUAUCCUGCUCUUCAGGCCCUUGAUUUUGACUUACCAUCACAUCGAGAAAACGCCAAUAUGGUCAUUGUGGGAAGAGAGCAAAUGCUUGAGUCUUGGAGCAGAUACUUUACCUCAGACAAGGCAUUAUAUGAGGCCAUGGUUGCCAACCAGCAUACACCUGUGGAAUCCAGCCACCUCUUCAAGUUCGUUAACUGGAGUACUCUGCUGCCUGAGAGGUUCAAAAAAGGACAUGUGUAUACGAAACCAAUUCAUGGACCCUCCGACCUCAUGAAAAAGUACCCGGGAUUUCUGGAUGUCAGAGCAUCCCCACUAUUAGCUGAUGAUUCUAUAUUACAACGCUUACCCUUGACUCAUAUUAUCACCUGUCAGUAUGAUGUCCUAAGAGAUGAUGGACUCAUGUACCUCUCCCGCCUCAGGGCUGCAGGCGUCCAGGUGGUCCAUGAACAUGUGGAAGAUGGGUUCCAUGGUAUUUUGUCAUUUGGUAGCAGUCUAUUGAAUUUUAAAGCAGGCUCUAGGGAAGUGAACAAGUAUCUCAAGUGGCUAAAGGAGAAUCUCUAG